AUGACUUCAACCUGGGAAUCAUCUACCCUUAUUAAGGUCUCUAAACAUGGGGAUGGCGAGUAUGAAGCAGUUCAAUAUGAGCCAGUGGAAGAAACUCACCGUACCCCACACCAACGGGCAGCCCGAGCUGACAUCCCCCUUGUUUCUUUUGGGCCUAUCACUGUUAGUGGCUAUAUCAAUUUGCAGUCAUUUGAGGCAGAGCUGUCUGUGAAGGUUCUUGGAAUAAGCCUUGGAAAGCUGUCAGGAAACCUGCAUACCGGAAUUACACUGAAAGUCAAUCUUUUCGUUGUUAAGGGUAAAGUCACAUUCUUCCUAAAAGGAAAGGAAGUCUGGGUAAGAAUUGAUGUUACUGGAUAUGAAAACAAAGAGCAUAAACUGUUCAGCAUUCCCCUGCGUCAGGGAGACCCGGGUGAUACAAUCGAGUACUAUGAAGGGUUUGACCGAUUUGAGUGGGUUAAGGACAAUCGACUGGCUCGGUCAAAUGCGCCCUACUACCAGAGCAAAGACUCUGAUCAGAGAAUAGAUAACAAAGCCGUGAAUUUCCUUAAGCAGAAGGGAAUACAGACAAUAAUCAGCCUUAACAGCCGCAGCUUAUCAUCUGCCGAAAAGAAGCUGCUAGAGCAAAACAAGAUUACAUACCAUCAUGUACCGGUGGAAGACUACCAGGCACCGACACUGGAUGAUCUGGCCGCUAUCUGGGCAUACUACCAGAACGGUGGAUGUACAGUAGUCUGGUGUGGGUACGGAUGGGGAAGAACCGGCACUGCUAUUAGCGCUAUCCAGCUCUACAGUGGGGAAAGCCUAAACCAUGACGAUUAUAAAGCCAAUCAUGUGGAAACAGAUCCCCAAAUCAAAGUUUUGGAUGAGCUAAAGCAGAAGAUAAAGAAUGAACUCUGA